AUGGGCUGCAGUGUUAUAAGCAAGGUUAAUGUGAAGUUGAUAGAAAAAGAAGGGGAAACGGCUUCUCGGAAUGCAUCUAAUUUACAGCUAGUUCGGAACAGCGAAAUUAAUCAGUCUGCAAGAAAAGACUCAAAUGCAUCAUUAAAUUUUGAGAUGGAUGGUAACGUCUACACGAUUAAAGUUUCAUUUGUAGGCACACCAAACUCAUCAAAUAUUUUACAAUAA